GAUGUGAGAGUCGAGAGACACUGUCUGACGAGUGGGGCCACUUGCUCAGCUUCAGCAAGGUCCGAGCAGAUCACACCACGCAAAUCUCUCUCGCACCACCGCCGUUCCCUCGCCGUCGGCGCCCACAGCAGUACACCAUGCUCCGCCUCCACAAGUAUGUCCUCACCCAGCUGCUCCCUUCUUCCUCCCUCUCCACCAUCUCCCUCCCUCUCGGCCGCCUCAUCUCCGCCGCCGCGCCCGCCGUUUCCCCCAACCCUAGUAGCUUCGCCGUGGAGGAGUACCUCGUCGCCACCUGCGGCCUCACCCGACCACAGGCCGCCAAGGCCUCCACCAAGCUCUCCCACCUCAAGUCCCCCUCCAAUCCCGACGCCGUCCUCGCCUUCCUCGCCGACCUCGGCCUCUCCGGGGCCGAUGUCGCCGCCCUCGUCGCCAAGGACCCCAAGUUCCUCUGCGCCAAAGUGGAGAAAACUCUGGCCCCCAACGUCGCGGAGCUCACCGGCCUCGGCCUCUCGCGUGCUGAGAUCGCGCGCCUCGUCUCGCUCGCCGGUGAGUCCUUCCGCCGUACAUCUGUCGCCUCAAGGCUAUCCUACUUCCUGUCCCUCUUCGGCUCCUACGACGACCUCCUCCGGGUAGUCCAGAAAAGCCCCAAUCUCCUCGGAUGCGACCUCGACAGGGUUCUCAAGCCCAACGUCGCCUUCCUCCUGGAGUGCGGGUUAGGUGUUUGCGAUAUUGCCAAGCUGUGCAUCCAUUCGCGAUGGCUGCUCGCCACCAACCUGGAACGCCUCCGGGCAAUGGUGGCAUGCGCCCAAGGUAUAGGUGUGCCAUGUGGCUCUCGGAUGUUCAGACAGGCCUUGCAUGCUGUCGCAUUCCUCAGCCAGGAGAAGCUCACCGCCAAAGUGGAACUCUUGAAGAAGACGUUCAUGUGGUCAGAUGCCGAGGUCGCCAUUGCUAUUUCUAAGGCUCCAACGUUGCUGACGAGGGAUAAGGAAUCGCUGCAGCGCAGGUCCGAGUUCCUCAUCUCUGAGGUGGGGUUGGAACCGGCAUACAUUGCUUAUCGUCCGGCAAUGCUCACUUACAGCUUGGAGGGCCGGAUCAGACCCCGGUACUAUGUCGUAAAGUUUCUCAAGGAAAAUGGAUUGCUCAAGCGUGACCCGAGCUACUUUACUGUUUUCAAGGAGUCCGGGAAGGCAUUCAACAAGAUGUUCAUACACCCUCAUAAGGAAGCUGCACAAGACCUUGAAAAAGACUAUGAUGCUGCUUGCAAAGGGGAGGUGCCCACUAAUUUCAGAUUCACAUAAGCCAAGAACGGGCUCUGAUGUAACCGUGUGCUGGUUGUCCGCUGCUGUAUGUCUGUUAGAUGCUGGGUUGGUGGUUGUUAACGAGUGAUCAAGCUGAUAAUUUGAUCCCUGGAUACUGAUAUGUAAUGUCACCACUCAGCCGAGAAGAAACCAUGGAUUGGUUAUGGAAACUUUUUCGUCCUCAUUCAUGUUUUAAACACAUGUAUUGGAACUAAGUGAAGAUGUGCUGAAACUGGAUGUACAUGGUGUUUUUUCUUUCUUCUUCCAGGAAACAAGAUGAAACAUGGCGGCUAUGGCUUGCUGUGCUCUAUACAUGAUUUUGAAGGCUCUGUUAGUUGAUGAUGCCCUGAAGCUUCAGUGACAAGUAUGCCUUGAUGAUGUCUCUUUUUUGAAUUUUGCAAGUUAAGUAAUCCUUCUAGUAUUGUACUGUAGAUUUCAAUAAACUAGUAGCAUCUGGUGCUUUAAUCAAUUUGUACAUGUUGUUGGAUCUUCACUUGGAUGUAAACAAUUUGAAUGAGCCACUUAUGCAUGUAAACAGUAAGCGUUAUGUAAAUUUUGUAGUCUGAACUCUGAAUUUGAAGCAGAGCUGAACGUUAACUCUGAAUCUUUCGGCC